GUCGUUUAGAAGCUUGCCUCCUCAGUUAAGCAUUACUAGUGCCGCAGUGUACACCACAAAGCAGACCUCGAACGCUUUGAGCUCACAUCACCAUAUUAAAAAGCUGCGCGGACCCUGACUGUCUCACUUCUCCCGGGACCGAGUGAGAAGAUACUUCACGUGGCUUAGCACAGCAAGUGGCCAUCCUACCGCCAGCACUUCGCUCAACUUGAUGCCACAUUUGAGUGAUCAGUGAACACAGGUAGACGAGGGACGCCACCAGCUGGACGGCAUCAUGGAAGUGGUGAUGCGGCGCUUGGGUUCUCUCCUCUACCUGGUGGAACCCAACGCUACCACCUUCCAGUACCCUGACCAAGUGCCUGACUACGUUACCGAGGCUAUUCCCCUCUUCGUCAUCAUCACGGCACUGGAGUUUGCUGUGCUGUGGUGGCAGGGACGACCUGAGCGAGUCAAUGAUGCCUUCUCCAACAUUGGUAUUGGCAUCGUGCACGAGGCCACGAGACUGGUGGUGUCAGGAUUGAUGUUGCUCGGGUAUGAAACUUUGUAUCAGUAUCGUCUGUGGGACUUGCCCUGGGACUCCCACUACACGUGGGUGGCGGCCUUAAUCUUUGUUGAUUUUUGUUUCUACUGGGUCCACCGAGCUAACCAUGAACUGAACAUUCUGUGGGCAGUACAUCAGGUUCAUCACAGCAGCGAGAACUACAACCUCACGACAGGUUUUCGCUUGUCUGCCCUACAAAAAUUAGCCCACUUUGGCUUCUAUCAACCUCUGGCACUGCUCGGCAUUCCCCUGCCCGCCGUUCUCGUCCACACUGGUCUUAAUUAUCUAUUCCAGUUUUGGAUCCAUAACACAUUCAUAGGUCGCCUUGGGCCCCUGGAGUACGUGAUCGCGACGCCUUCCUUCCAUCGCGUCCAUCAUGGAGCCAACAAGUGGUGCCUUGACAAGAACUACGCCAGUGUGUUAGUCUUGUGGGACAUUCUCUUUGGUACUUUCCAGCCGGAGAAAGAAGACUCGGAAAUUGUAUACGGCCUCACGCACCAGCCGCAAUCAUUCAAUGCUAUCUGGCAUCAACUCUACUACUUCGAUGAAGUGUUCCGCAAGGCUCGCAGCAUGACCACUUGGAGAAACUCCUUGAAAGCAGUAUUCUACGGGCCAGGCUGGAGUCCCGGAACUCCCCGCCUGGGCAACCCUGACCUGUUCCCUGACGUGGUGGCUCCCAGACAGAAGUAUAAUCCUCAGCUUCCCAGCUGGAAGUUAUGGUACAUCGGCUCACACUUGGCAGUAGCCCUUUUCAUACAGCAGCUGUUGGUGGCCCGCAUUUUGACUGCCUCGUGGAUCACUAUAAUCAUCUUCCUCGCCUUCAUCUUCGCCUCUGUGGGUGUGGUGACGGCCAUGCUGGAUGGGUGGCGGUGGACAGGCCUGGCGGAGGCUGUUCGCUGUAUCGCUUACGUCCUGAACGCUCGCUCCUCCCUCACUACGGACUUCCCAUCCCUGGACAUCGCCCUCGAGUUCUAUUUCGCUGUGUGUGCAGUGUUCUGGACGUGCCACAGUUUGGCUCCAAAUAUUGUCGUUAUCAACAAAGAGAAACUUUCUUAAAUAUGCAAAAUAUUUUUAACGUUAUUUUUAUUCAUUGUUGAUGGAAAAAAGAAAUAUAAAAGUAAUGGGUGAAUGUAUGUUGUUAUGGCUAUUAUGAUGUUCCGUGCCAAUUGUUUUUGUUUGUUUGCUUUAUGCAAGUACAGUAGUACACACUGCAAAUAUUCAUAAUUAACACACAUAUAUAAAACAUAAGUAAAUUAAAACUACACACAAUAUUAAGAAAUCAAAUAAAUGAUAUCAUGUAUAUACAUGAAUUAAUAAAAAAUAAUGAAAAAAAAAGCUAGUAAAAGUGAAGCUUC